GCUUUCCGUAUGUGAUUUUUUGUUCCGAUAUACUACGCGUGGUCUGACAGGUUUUCUCGAGUGUUAGGGGGGGCUGACUCUACAUAAAUCGGGCCAUGGAACACUGCUUGAUGGGUGUGCUCUCGGGACAUCCAUUCCAAACGCUCUUUACUCUCAUCCUAAAUACAUUGAGGUAAAAAAUGGCUGGUAGCGAUGGCAUUGUGAUAGGGGCAAAAGGCCCAUCAAAUACGGGUUUUCAGGAUCCUGUAUCCGAAAAGCCAGCAAUUGCUGAUCGUGAUGAACGUUCCAAUCCCGAGAGCCUUCAAGCAGGCGUCCAACGAGCAGAGAUGCUACGAAAAGGAUGGACAAAACAAGGACUCAUACUUGCUUUCACCGGCCUCUUCCUCGCAACCCUAGCAAUAAAUUUUGGCGACUAUUCUACGCAAGUGUAUACAGCCUAUACCACAAGCGCUUUCAAGCGUCAUUCAGCGAUGAGUGCAGCUCGUGUGGUUGGGAAUAUUACCCGCAUUGGGGCUUAUCCUAUCAUUGCAAAGCUUGGAGAUGUGUUUGGCAGAGCAGAGAUGUUUAUUCUCUCAAUCCUGAUGGGUGCGAUUGGAUAUGCCAUCUAUGCGGCAUGUGAGAAUAUCUCACAAUAUAUCGCUGCAGGUAUCUUUGAAGCUAUCGGGUCAACCGGUUUCGCUCUCACCCAGCAGGUGUUUGUUGCCGACGUGACCAACCUGAUCGACCGCGGCAUUUGGUCUACCCUUCCCGACUCGCUCACGACUAUUCCCACGCUUUAUCUAGGAACUAUUGUUGCUCAGCGCAUUUUGGAUCACUCGACUUGGCGAUGGGGUUGGGGAAUGUGGGCUAUCAUCCAGCCAGUCUGUUCGGUUUUGCUGAUCGGGACGAUGUUCUACUAUCAGAAGCGGGCACCUGCUCGAAAGUCGGUAUCCGAGUCCUUGGGAUGGACAAGCACGGAUAAGUGGUGGCAGCGGGCGUACAACUUGCUUUGGGUUCAGUUGGAUCUUCCGGGAGCUGUACUGCUCCUCCUUGGAUUGUCUCUGUUCCUAGUCCCCCUAUCUCUUACCGGCUCCGGCAAUAGUGAUGCAUGGCACAAGGGCUCCUUCAUUGCUAUGCUAGUUCUGGGGGUUGUGUUUUUCAUCGCAUUCAUUGUUUGGGAUGCCUGGUUUGCUACCAAGCCGUUUAUCCCUUACCGGAUGAUCAGGAAUCGCACCGUUGCUGCCGCAUGCCUCCUUGGUGCACUAGACUUCUUUCACUAUUCGGUCUUUUCAGUAUUUUUCUCGAGUUAUCUCCAAGUUGCUGGUCACUUCGAUGCGGGAAAUGCCACUCGGAUUGAUAACUCGCUCCGUGUAGCUUUCCAGGUGGCGGGUAUCUUCGCCGCCUACUUCAUGAAGUUUACUAGGCGAUCCCAAAUUUGGGUCCUGGCCGGAGUACCCCUUUGCGUUCUCGGUAUGGGUGUUCUCGUACACCUUGUUGACAUGGGCGAUGGCAAAACCGGAAACGAGGCCUCCUUCAUUGCAGCCAAAUCCUUGAUCGGUGUGGGGCGUGGGUUCUAUCAGACAGCUGCUCAAGUUUCCGUGCAGGCUGUCGUUUCGCGGCAGGAGGUCUCCGUGGUUACUGCUGUUUUCUUUGCUUCGAUGAGUGUUGGUGGAGCUAUCGGCACAAGUGUGGCUGGCGCUAUUUGGCGUAGCACGCUUCCAAGGAAGCUGGCGGAGAACCUUCCUGCGGAUCUCAAGCAUCAAGCCCAAGCUAUCUUUGGCAGCAUUGUGACUGCUCGAUCUUACAAGGUUGGCACAGCCGCUCGCGAUGCAAUCGAUCUGAGUUACCGCCAAUCCCAACGGCUCCUGGCCAUCGCUGGCGUGUGUGCUCUCGCACCGAUGCUUAUCAUCAUGUUCUUCCUACAGAAUGUGCAGUUGGAUGAACGGCAGACAACCAAGCCUGAAUCGCAUGAGGAGGUUAUUAAGGAUGAUGCUAAUCCCGAGAAGGUAACGCAAUGAUUGGAGUGGCAGCAGUUUUUUAUUCAUCAUAUCAUGUGUAAAAUAUGAGAGAGAG